CUCAUUCCCCAUUCAGAAGGAAUAAAUCCGCCUUGAAGCUAAGGUACUCAUUCUUUUUUUUUCCCCCCUGGUGAUAUUGGAGUCGUCGCGCGUGGCUUGACUAUUCUAUUGGCUUCUGUUGAGAGAGAUGAGCGGCGAGGGUGUGAGCGUGACCGGUGUUGCAGCCGCUGCGGCCGCCUCCACUCUUCCUCUCCGCAACGUGUUCGUGUACGGGAGUCUGCUCGCCGAUGAGGUGGUGCAGGUCGUCCUCAAGCGCGUGCCCCCCUCCUCUCCUGCCGUCCUUCAUCACCACCGCAGGUUUAGUAUAAAGGGACGUGUUUAUCCAGCGAUUCUGCCUGUAGAGAAUAAAAAAGUUACAGGAAAG